GGGAUGGAUGCCGGGUUGUUACACACUAGGCUGGUUUUGUGUGUGUGUGUGUGUGUGUGUGUGUGUGUGUGUGUGAGGUGUAACUACCAUAGUCUUAGCCGUUACGAACAAUGUUUUCGUACUCGAUCCUCCAAAAGCCUUGUUUCUUUGACGUUUUCACCCGGGAAAAUCCGACAAUAUUGAACACGGGGUGGAAAACGACCCGGCCGAAAGGGAUAUUUCCAUGGGUUUGGGUGGCAACAUCAAUCGGCGACGUCCCGUUGCUGGCAGCACUUGCUGAAUUGCAGUCGUGUCGGACGGUCGCAACUCUUGCCGGUUACGUCAAUUCACAGAGUGCAUGCUGGUUUGUGUCUCCCGAGGCGAAAAUGACACCGUCACACCGUCGUGGACAGGCGAUUUUCUACCACGGAGAAAGCGGGUGUAGGAAAAAGUGUUCCACGUUAUAAAAAACUUUAGCCGACUCCUAUCAUAUUUUAAAUUGUGUCUUCUUCUCUUCUCCGAAUAUUGUGAAUGUUUUCUUUUUAAAAUGUCUUGAAAGUGAAUCUAAUGGCCGAGAUUUAUGCGGGCAGAGGGAGGUCUUUGACUCAAGUUUUCCACUAGUUAGUGCUUGUGAUUAGUGACAUUUUGUACGAUUUUCUUCAAGAAUUAUGCGUUUUGGAACACCGAAUCAGGUGGAGGAACACGGUUGAUUAGUUCCAUGAACUUCUGAAUAAGUCUUGACGACUCCAUUGGAAGGGGGUUAUGGGCGGUGAGCAGGAGGUCGGGGCAUGGGACUCAGUUCUGCUGGACCCCCUCUCAGAGGAAUCGUUCAUAUCCAACCUCCACCAACGUUUCAAAAGGGAUCACAUAUACACUUACAUCGGUAACGUUCUCGUUUCUGUCAACCCGUAUAAAAAGCUCGCCAUUUACACUCCAGAACUGGUUCACGAGUACAGGACAAGAGGACCGUUCCAAUUACCUCCGCACAUUUUCGCGGUCGCCGGAUCCGCGUUCCGCUGGCUCCGGGAUAGGAACGAGGACCAGUGCGUCGUCGUUUCCGGUGAAAGCGGUUCCGGAAAAACUGAAUCGACAAAGCUGGUUCUGCAGUUUCUGUCAGCACAGCGCUGCACUAUGGUUCGCGACCCUAUACGCGAGCGGAUCGCUCACAUCUCGCCCAUACUUGAAGCCUUUGGAAACGCAAAGACUGCACGGAAUGACAAUUCGUCCAGAUUUGGGUUGUACCUUGAGCUUGAGUUCGAUUAUAAAGGGGAUCCAUUAGGAGCUACAAUAACUAAUUACCUUUUAGAAAAGUCUAGAAUAACCACCCAACUAUCAGGCGAUAGAAAUUUUCAUAUUUUUUAUCAACUUAUAACAGGUGCUGAUAUUCAUUUGCUCAAGUGUCUUAAACUUCAAAGGAAUGUCGAUAAUUAUUCUUUCCUCAAAAGCAGUCGAACACUGCAUAUGGAAACGCUAGAUGACAAAAAAGAUUUUUCAGUGACAAAGAGGUCUUUGGAGACCUGUGGCCUAACUCAAGAAGAGGUGUUAAAUGUUUUAAAAAUCAUCGCAAGUGUCUUAAAGUUAGGAAAUGUUAUUUUUAUUCCAACAAACAAUAUCGAUGGGACUGAAGGAUGCACAAUAAAUAAUGAAUAUGAAGUGUUCGAAGUUUGUGAACUUCUCGGUACGGACGUAAGCGACCUGCAGACCUCUUUGACCACAAGGUCUGCCUUCUUCUCUUCCAACCAGGAAAUGCUUAUAACAGAGCUAUCGGCCAAACAGGCUACACAAAAUAGAGAUUCUCUGUGUAAAGCCCUCUAUUCAAGGACUUUCACAUGGCUUGUCAACCGUUUAAAUCAAGCGACAAAGGUUAAAAAAUGCGGAAAAAGAAAAGUGUUAGGAAUCCUGGACGUAUAUGGAUUUGAAAUACUUGAAUAUAACGGUUUCGAACAGUUUAUUAUCAAUUUUUGCAAUGAAAAGCUCCACGCUGUCAUAACUGAAAGUACUCUGAAACAGGAACAAGAAGAAUAUCUUCGAGAAGGGAUAGACUGGUGUCCUGUCGAUUUCGUUUGUAAUACUGCUGUCUGUGAUAUUAUAGAAAAGAACAAUCAUGGUAUUUUGUGCCUAUUGGAUGAGAUCAGUGCAAAAAUUAUUGAAGAAGGUUGUAACGGGGCUGAAGGGUGUGAGGAAGUACUGCUGAACAGAGUGCUUAAUCUUUGCGGACAUUCUACACCUAGAAGGCACCAUUCUGAUAACAGCCUACCACCAAACUGCUUUAGGUUAAAACAUUUUGCAGGAACUGUUACAUACAAUGUGAAAGGGUUUAUUGAAAAAAAUACCGAUCACGUUUCAAGAGAACUUUCUCAAACAAUGCACCGAAGUGAGCAUCCCAUGCUCAAAUCUUUAUUUCCUGAAGGAAAUCCAAAACGAGCUCCUUCAAAACGUCCGCCCACAGUUGGCUCCCAGUUUAAGGUUUCCCUGGGAGGUCUGGUGAGAAAUUUAGUAGCAAAAAACCCACAUUACAUUCGCUGUAUCAAGCCUAAUGAGCUCAAACAGCCACGAAUAUUUGAAAUGGGUCUAGUACAACAUCAAGUUAGAUAUCUAGGGCUUAUUGAAACGGUUCGAGUCAGAAGAUGUGGAUUUUGCCACAGGCAGACCUACACAGGGUUUCUUGCAAGGUACAAAAUGCUGUCGCUACACACAUGGCCCAAUUGGCAAGGAGUGCCAGUCGAGGGAGUCUCUUACCUUCUAAGAGACCUCCCAAUCCCAAGCGGUGAAUUUUCAUUUGGGAGAACGAAAAUAUUCAUUAGAAGUCCAAGAUCCGUAUUCGAACUUGAAGAAUUUAGAAGAGAACGUUUAGAAGAUUUAGCCGUCUUGAUGCAGAAGACUUGGAGAGGCUAUAGAGAGAGGAGGAUAUUCUUGAAGAAAAAACACAGUCAAAUAAUCAUAGCAUCCGCCUGGAGGAGUUGGAGGGAAUGCAGAUUCGGAAUUCCUUACGAUGGACGAAGGCAUUUAUGGUGUCUAUAUAAAGUUGCCAGGGAGGAAUAUAGAAUACUCAAAAGGAGGAAAUUAGUGGACUGGGCAGUCCGUGUAAUUCAAAGACAGUUUAUUAAAUGGAAGAGGAAACAUUUUCUUCUUUAUUUAGCCCAGGAAUUGAAUAGUAUUAAUGAAUCACCAAUUAACAGAGACUGGCCUCCAUGUCAGAGCCGCCUAGCAGAAACGAGCUUACUGCUGAGGAGAUUGCACCAUAGAUGGAGGUGUCACAAAUAUAGAUCAAAAUUUGACCAAACAUCUAGAAAUCGAAUGAGGGAGAAAGUCACUGCCAGCCUUAUAUUUAAAGAACGGAAAAGUUCUUAUCCAAGGAGCGUUUCACAUCCUUUUUUGGGUGAUUAUGUAAGACUGAGGCAGAACAUCCAGUGGAAGAAGAUCUGCAUAGAAACAAAUGACCAGUAUGUUGUUUUUGCCGAUAUAAUCAACAAGAUUACUAGAUCGAGUGGCAAGUUUGCUCCUAUUCUUUUUGUCUUGUCUACUAGUGCCAUGUUGAUCCUUGAUCAAAGAACACUGCAAAUUAAAUACAGGGUGCCUGCUACAGAAAUCUACAGGCUCUCUUUAUCUCCUUAUUUGGAUGAUGUUGCAGUUUUUCAUGUCAGAGCAGGUAGCCCAAGCUGUGACUCCAGUAGUGAAAGUGGGAUGGCCCCUGGCUGUCUGUUCCAGAGCGAGCUGGGGAUCAAAAAAGGUGAUUUCGUCUUCCAAACAGGACACGUGAUUGAAAUAGUAACAAAAUUGUUCCUCGUGAUACAAAACGCUGUUGGCAAACCGCCACAAGUCAACAUUAGCACAGAGUUUGAAGCAAAUUUCGGCCAACAGACCGUCACGGUCACAUUCAAGUGUACCGGCCUACCUGAAGUGCAGCCGGGGCAGAUCAGAAUAGUUAGAAAAACUGGUAAAAUGGAAAUUCUUUUAUGAUCACAGGCAAACACCCAUUCCUGGGCAAAAUGUGAUAUGAUGUGGCCUUACUUCAGAUAAAUCAAUGGUCAAUGUUUGUCAAGGGGUCAAUUUAUAGUAUUUUUUCAAAUCAAUCUCUAUUAAAAUUAAAUGGACUAGACCAGGAUUUGAACCCAACGUCACUAACUAUGUGGCAUGUGGAAAUAGAGCAUUCCUUCCAAGAUGUCAUCCUGUCGUUUCUGCUGGAGAGUCCUAGAUUCCUUUUGAACAAGAUGAUAUGCAUUAUAUGCUAUCUUUCCUUUUAAAUCAACCUAGGCCAUAGACACAAAUUGAAAAACAGUCCAAUAUACUGUGAAUUAUCUCUAAUCAAACAAAACCAAAAAAAAAAAAAAAUUAAAAGUAUAUUUAUCAUUAUGGACAGGUAAAUAAUGCAAUUGUAAAUAAUGCAAAUGGGAGUUUAAUUUGUAUGACGGUUUAGCAAAAUGGAGACCAAGUCUAUAGAGUAAUAUUUUCAGUAAAAGUUUUGGAAAACUGUAAAAUUAAAUGAUUGAAGCAAGGCAAAUAAAAUAUUUCAUUGUAUGUUAAAAUUAGCAACAGAUUAGACAAUAAAAAUAUGAACAAGAAAUCCCUUUUUAUCCUGAGAAUUAUGGAAAAUAAUGUCAAUUGCAAUGUAGUUUCAUAUUAGCGAAGUUGUGUUAAUAAUUUUAAACAUACUUGACUUUCUUUAAAUAUAAAAUAAGGGUGAUGAAUUAUGUACUUAGAUAGAUCAUUUUUGUUUCAACAAUAUCAUUAGAUCUGUAAAAUCUCUGUAUUUAGAAAUUUCUACUUGGAAAAAGUGACCAGCAUGACUUGGGAUCACUGGAAAGGUAUACUCAACAUUUUUAAUCCUGCGCAAAGGAUUUUUUAUUUAUUUUUAUAUUAUUGUAUUUUAUUUUAUUUUUUAAAGCAAUACACAAUUUUGUCAUUUAGUUGUUCCGUUAGAAAAGCUCUCAGGGUAUAUAAUAUGGGCUUAAAGAUGGCUCGUGUUGAGUUAUUUUUAUUAAUUCCAUAAACAUUAUCGGUUUGCAGAAUUUUUUAUCAGGGACCAAUUAAUUACUAUUGUUAAUAAACUCAAUUUUAAAACUCUACAUUUGAUUUUUUACAU